AUGGCAUCAAGUCCUCGUGAUUUUUGGUCUACUCGUUGGCAAUUAUUCCUUAAUGAAACUUUUAAGGAACUUGGCUUUUUACCAGUUAGGAAUUUAUUAAUUCCAUUUGUUCCAAGAAAAAUUGCAAAUAUGAUGGGAGUAUUAGGUGCUUUUGCUAUUAGUUCUUUAUUACAUGAAUAUCUUAUUAUUGGGAAUUAUAAUAUUUGGACAGGUGAACAAACAUUUUUCUUUAUGAUUCAUGGUGUAAUAUUUAUAUUAUGGGAAGUUAUAUUUGGUUAUGAAAAGAAGAAUGAGAUUACAAUGGUUAAAAGAUUUUUAAAAUGGGGUUUAUUAUUAGUUAUAAAUUUAUUAGUUUUCCCUGCAUUUAUUGAACCUUCAUUAAGAAAUUAUAAAGUUUCCUCGAUUCCAACUUUUACAACAGUUUAUAUUCAACGUUUUAUUAACAAUUUAUAA